AGUGAGGGCAACCAACGCAUGUACCGCAGUGUUUUAACGAUUUUAAAGCGCGGUGUUCUGUUAAAUUAUACGGAAAAGUGUCAUUAAACUUUUUCGCGGAGUGUGUAAAUAGAAAACGCAAGUGAAAAAACUGAUGCUGCAGCGGAUCUCAAAGGCUCGCUAAAGCCGUGCAAUCGUCGGACCGUGGUCGAUUACAUCGAUGUUCUUGAAUUACACUACAAAGGAAAAUAAGACAGUGCUUCGAAUCGCAACAAAGUAAAAACUGAUAAGAUUUUUUAGUGAGUACGCUGCAAUCGCGGGUUUGCCGUAACCGUGAACUCCUGUUGACUUGACUGUUUUUAAUUAAAAUGUGCCGCAAUCUUGAACAGACGUAUUUUUAAAAAGUGUUGAGGUUGGUUUGGUUGUUGGAAUGCCGAAUUUUGGCACCCGGGACGUCGCCGGCGUCGUGCUGCUGCUGAUUGUUAUCACUUCAGAGUCACUUACUCGAUCCAGUUAUGUGUGUCCAAAGAAAUUCGUUGCGAUUGGAAGAAAGUGUUACUACUUCAGCAAGGACGAAGCAGCCUGGCACGAUGCCCACUUUCGAUGUAAAAGUCUCAAUAGCAGUCUGGCCGUAGUCACCAAAUCGCAGCAAGAAAUAACGAUAAGGCGAUAUCUGAACAGGAGGAAAGAUGGUAAGCACGAGAGAUGGCUGGGCGGAAGAUACAACGACCGACAAUCAAGAUGGGUUUGGGGCGAAAAUGGAAAGCCUUUAGCCUUCUAUGCAUUUUCAAGAAUGAACUACAACGACCCAAAAUGGGCAUGGCACUGUAUUAUUGUAGACCCUCAGCGCCAGAACAAGUGGAGUGCCAGAAGUUGCGUCGAAGAGAAACGCUACAUUUGCCAAAGGUCAGUAUUAGGCAAGAGAAAAUUCAACAGGAGCAAAUGCUACACUUCGAGCGAUCGCGACGCCAGAGAGCUUUGUGCAAAGCAGAAAGUCGGAGAAUCAGCCCCUGGAUACUUAGUGAAGAAACCAGUGAAACCACGAAAACCCAACCCUUACCACGUGGCCACCUUCGUCUGCCCUACCCACAUGAUCCUCGUAGGGCGAAAAUGUUACUUCUUUAGUCCAGAAAAAGCUAGUUGGAGCAAUGCCUACUGGUCAUGCCGAGACAACAAAACCAAACUGGCUGUCAUCACCACCAAAAUGCAGGACAAUAUUCUUCGAGGAUUCCUGAAAGGGACCUUUACAGCAGAAAAACACGAACGCUGGAUUGGCGGAAUUUUCGACUGGAAGCAGCAAAAGUGGAAAUGGGCCAUGAGUGGUCGAGUCAUUCGUUAUAAACACUUUGCAAAAGAGGCGUUAGUGACAAGCAAAAAUAAUACUCACCAUUGUAUAACCUUGGACCCCGAGUUUGAUAAUUUAUGGAAUUCGAAAAAUCGACUAGAAGAGAAACACUACAUUUGUCAAGCCAAGUCAAAAUCUGUGGUCAAGUAUAAUAAGACGCUUCAGGCUACCGAAUUAACUAAACCUGACGCUACAGUUGUGAUCAACGCGGUUGAGAGUGAUAACAGAAAUCAGACGAAUAAAAAAAUCGAAGCUCCUAUCACUUAUAAAACUCCGGCACAUUAUAAUAAUGAAGUUACCGAUAAGUAUGUCUAUAAUUAGAAUGAGGGUAGUUGUGGAAACCCAAAAUGACUGUAACUUGCGUUAUGAUUGUGUUCAUUGUGUUAAUUCCUGAUUGCACUGUUGAAAAAUGAGUUCUUUUGGUAGAUCAACAUCGGCAAAACAACACACGUUUUAAAUUCCACAUCAUAUCGAAUUAAUGUUAUUAUCUAGUGCUUCCUAAUCUUAGGUACAGCUUAGUUUGUACUCUUACUUAGUGACUGCCAUUUAUUUAAAUAUUAUUAUUUAUUUUUUAUACAAAUUUUAUUACUUCGUAAAUGUAUUACUGUCACAAAUUCUGUGUAUGAUUGUAUAUAACUGGUGUUUAUAACGCACUCUUAUCUGUAAUUUUACGAUAGAGAGAAAUGGUAUUUUACAAAAUAACACUACAAACAAUAAUUAUUCUACAAAAAUUUGCAGUGUUUUUAUUUUACCUUAUAUUUGUUGCAAAUAUUUAUAUAUCAGACUUAAACUAAGUCUUUUAGGAGAAAAAUUGAAAACAAUAUUUCCUUAUUUUUACAUUAGUCGUCUACGUAAUUUUUGAGUCAAAAAAACAAACUUUUUCCACGUGGAAAAUGCGUUUGUGAAAAUUAUUAAUACAUGUUACACGUGAGCUCAACGUGUAGUUCUUAUACAUGCAUUCAUACGUAGAACUCGUGCUGUAACAAUUUCAUGUAUUAAAAUUACUGUAAUCUUUAUUCUUUGUGAUUUUUCCCUUUUGUAUAAUAUUAUUGCAUGAAACAAAUACAUCAUAAUAUCUUA